AUGCAGAAGAUGUACCUCCUUGUACUGGGUGUCCUGGGGGUGUACUGGGAAUAAUUGAAGGCUAUUAACAGCAGAGAUCAUCACGUGCACGGAUCACUACCUGCUCACUCGGAGGGGGGCUGGGCAUGAUGAGAGGCGUUUCCAGCUUCAGCAGCGCGUCGCUCUCAGACAUUUCUUGCGCUGCCAGCUGUUGGGUUGAAGCACCGGCCGAGCGCAGUCAAGUCGAUGACUGUACCAAGCGGCGUUGGAUGCAGCGAACAAUGACAGAGUCGCCUCAUGUACUAAAAAAGUAGCACCAGAGAUGGACAUAUGAUGUCGGGUAUGGAGUGAGCUGAAAUGAUAGAAGCGCAGAGUAACUGAAACCACACGCCUACAGCGACGAGGGACUGGUGCGCCUUGGCACCGGAGGGAAGCAACAAACUUCUCAGCAUCAAUUUAGAGAAAAACAAAAGAAAAAAAGAAACAGAACCUUGUGAGACUGAGUAUGUUUCCGGUGACUAUUUUCUCUCACGUAAAUGUAUAAUUACAUUAUAGUUUUAGGUGUGGAAAGCGUCCCUAUUGUGCUCAUUUUGCUCCCCCCCACCUCCCCCUAACCGCGCCAAUGCUUGAAUGGCUUGUAGCUCUGUGCAUUGUGAUCCUGGUGGUCGUACUCUGGCCAGGCUCCAAAUAUUUUGGCACCGAGAGCCCACCGGAUGCUUUGCUUCAAGGACUGGGAAUUUCACAGCAUGCAGCGAAGGACAAGACCAUUGGGUGCGUUUCAGACCGCGAGGGGAGCGACGGAUCCCAGACGGCCUGUGCCGAUGAGAAAACACGCACCGUGGCACUGAUCUGCAAACCAUCCGCGCUGGCCAACUACCUCCUGAAACACUGCAGGACUUUCAGUAAUUACUCGCCGUGUGGCAGCUGGACGUGGCGGGCCAGCGCCUUUCUCCAGAGUGUGUACGAGGCGUGCUGGCCGUAUGACAGUCCGGUCCAGUUCGUGCGGGACAACCUGCAGCUGAGCGAUGACGGGCUGGUGGCCUUGGACUGGGCAGUGCCAUCCUACCAGAAACGACGCAGGACUUCCAGUCACUCCACCAGUCCGGUUCUUCUCAUCAUCCCAAACUCUUUUGGGAAAAUCACUAGAAAUGUGUUAAAGUUGUGUGAAACAGCGCUGUCCCAUGGCUACCUGCCAGCAGUCUUCAACCGCCGCAGCCACAACAGCACCCCGCUCACCACCCUCAAACUGCAGCAGUUUGGUGACCCUGCGGAUCUGCGCGAGGCUGUGCGCUACAUCCGCUACAGACAGCCUGCAGGAAGACUGUACGCAGUGAGCGAGAGCAGCGGGUCGGGCCUUCUCCUGUCUUACCUGGGGGAGUGUGGAUCAUCCAGCUAUGUGACGGCGGCCGUCUGCCUGUCACCGCUGUUCCGCUGCCAGAGCUGGUUUGAGAACGGGCUGUGCUGGCCCCUGCAGUGGGCGUUGGUGCUGUACCAGAAGAUAUGUCUCAGCAGGUACAGGACGGCGCUGGGUGAGACCAUACAGACGGACACCCUGUUUUCUAGCUGUUCUCUACGUGGCCUGGAGGAGGCGCUGUUCUGUCAGACUGUACAUAUGGGCUCUGCACCAGCAUCAGCAACAGGGACCAGCAGUAGCAGCAAUACUUCAGGUGCCUGGGAAGCUUACUGGGAACGCAACGAACCGUUGAGAGAUGUGGACGAAGUGGCUAUUCCUGUCCUGAGCGUGUGCGCUCAGGAUGACCCAAUCCGCGGUGACACCCAAUCUACCGUGCCCUUGGAACUCUUCGAGACCAACCCACAUUUUUUCCUCCUCCUAACUGACCGUGGAGGCCACUGUGGUUUCUCCACCCAGUCAGAGGGGAGUGCUGCUGGUGCAUUAGGCGCAGUCGGUCCUGUGGUUGCACCAAACAGUUGGAUGGAGAGCCAUGGGACCAACUGGAGCCACAGAGCUCUGCUGGAAUUCUUCAGGGCGACCACAGACUUCUUCGCUGCUGAGGAGAGAGCAAAGCAGCUCGCUGCGAGGAGGAGGGGGCUGGGGGGAGGUGCAGGAGGGAGAGUUUUCCGCGACCGCAGCGUCAGUACAUGUAAAAGAGCGCCAGCGUGUUCCCAUAAUAUCCACGCCAUUUACAGUUGGCAGAGGUCCUACACACGAUGAGGGAGCUCAAUGGAAGUUAAUGGACUGCACUGAUGCUUUCUGAUAUUAUUUGGAUUUGAGAUGUGAGACUCUCAGGUUGAUCUCUGCCUGUGUGACACUCAGCCACAAAGUCUUAUGAUAACCAAAACUAGAAGAGUGAAGAGGUUGUAAAAAGUGUGUGUUGUUCUCACACGCUUGAUGUGAGCCAUAAAACACUAGGACUGAAAAAAGAUCAUGACAGUCCAUAAGCUUGAAUGCAGUUGUUUCAUCGAGCUGCUGAACACUAAACUCUCCAGAUGUGUGGCUAUAUAUUUUUCUAUGGACUGAUUCAAGUCUCUUCACUGCCAGCUGUAAAAACUGAAAUGUUCUGUUUUAUUAAUUCUGAGUUUUAUUAACACACAUUCAUUUAUUGAUGCAUCAAUUCAUCCGUCUCACAUUUUACACAGUUUGCUACAUUUACAACCACAACUGCAUCGUCAUUUGGGAAAUUUGAAACCUCAACACUUAGUGUAGCAUCUUUCUGUUACUCUUUUUAUUACUGAAAGGAUAUUUACCGGGAAGUAAAAGUGUUAAAAGUCUUGUGCCUAGAGUAGGAAAAUAAAAUCCAGUGAAAAUUCCAAAUGAAUUUGAGCUAAAUGUCAACUGAGUUUAAUGAACUCAUGCAGUGUUAUUGUGCACAUUAAAGAGAGUUUACUGUGUAUAUUA